AUGGCGGAUGAGAAUGCGUUCUCUCAGAAAUUAGUGCAAUUGGAUAGCAAUAAGUUCGCUCGUCUACACGAAGAGGAGUACGACUGGAGCGGUGCAUUUGAGGAGAGUGAAUCCGAUUCAGAGUCCAAUUCUUUGGAUUUUGAUUACUCUGGGUCUGAGGAUGAUGAGAUAUACCAAAUUGCAAUUAAAAGAGCUCGCAAGAACCUCGUCCCGGAAACCUCAAAGAAUCAGAAAGUCGAUGGAGAUCUAAAAGUCGAUGAAGAUCCAAAUAAGAGUGUAUCCGCGGUGGUAAUUGAUCGAAAAGAAGCUCUUCAUUACCACCCCGCUUCGCCUAUUCUCAAAGCUAUGGGGCUGCCCGACGAAGUCUUUUCCCCGGAAUCGCCGAGCUUUGCGCAAAUGGAUUUAAAUGUUGAUACUGGCGGCCAGAGUUUAGAAUUCUUAAGAAGUUUAUGGGCUUCCUCAACUCAAAAACAUAUUGUUAUGGAUUGGCAUCCCCAAAAACAGAUUGUUGAAGACCUGCCAAAGCUCUUGUAUUUGGUUUGGAGGCUUGAAACUUAUCCCGGUAUCCAGGUUGGCCAAUAUCGCGCUAUCCAUGUCCCUUGGGAGCCAACAGUACCAUUGGAAUAUAUUACCAUUAACAGAAUCGCAGAUGCAAAAAGUUUGACAAUCCUGACUCGAGCUGCAGAGCUACCUGGUCGUAGACUAAAAAACUAUCAUGACCCAAUGCAAAAGAAAAACAGGUACGGUUAUUUCUUUGACUCUAAAGUACUCAGCCAGUAUCAUAAAGACUCACCAGAAAGGAAAUCAAUAAAUGCAUUGCUCGGAUCAGAACCAAUACUGGCUAUUAGGAAGAUGCUGCAGACUUUUCGUCGUGGACUGUCCGAGGCAGAGAUAUCAUCGAUCUUCUUGUGGAUAGAUUAUAAUGAAGACGAUUCUUCAGCUAUGAUUAUUCUCCAGCUAUCACAUAAAGCUUCGGAGCCGGGAGACUCCCUAGGAAGUUUCUCCUUGGAUAAACAGCCACCGGGUAUUGACCCUCAUCUUAUUAUCACUUCACGCGGAGAGAACCCAGUUCACCACCCUCUUAGCCCUCCGUCAUACGAGAUCGAGCCGUCAUACUUUGAAGCUUCAGCUCAGUAUCGGAUACACUCAGGACGAUCUUUAGAUUUUUAUUUUUAUUACUCAAGAUUCGAAGGUCACUUUGUGUUAGGCGGCUUGGGACAACUUGGUGAAACACUAGACGAUUCCGAUGCUGCGAGGGCAGGGUCUAUCCUAUAUUCAGCUUGGAUCCGUGAAGCAGGACUUAAGCCAAUUCUUAGCGUUACUUUUAUUGAUUUAAGCAAUGCGGCCACUUCUUUGGUUGCAAGUAUUCAUGGCGUCCAAGGUAGCUGGAUUCUUCUUGACAUACGAAAUAAUUCCGAAGACUUCGCGAUACUAGCUCAAAAGCUAGCAGAAACACAGUGUCGAGAAGCAAAGUUAGUACAGGCGCUGCUGGGAAUGAGUGGAGAGAACUUCGGUCAAUUCCAAUUAGUUCAGUUGACCGUAGGGAUAGAUGAGGAAAAUAAAGCAUCCCUAACGCUGACUGUUGAGUACAACCAGUAUUUUCAAUCGGAUGGUCAAGGAUUAUUUGGCGAUACCGAUAACGCUCUCCUGGUGGCACUUAGAAGGGGUACUCGCAUGAAAGCUGAGAUGGAAGUCCUAGAACCAAGGUUUCUGGACGAAGAAGGUGCUAUGCGGGGAGAAGUCGACAGUUUGCCGUCUGGAAGGGUUAAACAGUCUGAGUAUCGAGAGGGUGACAAAACAAUUAGUUUCAGUAGGGCUAUUAUUGGGCAGUACAACUUCGUCCCAAACAAACCCCCAGACUGCAGGUCGGAAAGGAAACCGCCACUUUUAAAGGAUAUUGUAUCUUGGAAUAAUGAACUUGAGAACCCCGCACAUCCUGAACACGGUGCUUACGAUGACGUUCAAUCACAGUGGAGACGCAAAGUAGCUGCAGCUUUUGACGAGAAGGAGCUGUUUUGUACAUUUACGCUUUCACCGAAAUAUCUUGAGCACGGCUCGCAAGAUAAUCAGAAUCAAGAAAACCUCGAGUUUGGAAUAUCGCAAGGACCAGGAUACAUCGUCUUGCGAAGUAAAUUUGGCGGUAACAUGGAUGGUCCGGGCUUCGGAAGCGCAGUCUGGGCGUUGUGGGUAACAGUCGACACUGCAACAGAAUUACACCCAAACGUGUAUCUGCAAAGGGUACCGAACGGACAAACUGGUCUGCGCUAUGUAGUUAUUCUCCAGCCUUCAGAUGAAACGAUAAACAUUCUUCAAACGAUCUACUUAAAUCUCGGCCUCAACAAGGAAAGUAUCAUUAUUUUCCCGAGUAAAGAUACUGCCUUCAAUUUGCCCCCAGAUAUUUCAACGAUCGAAGACAAUGUUAGACGUCGGGUUUUACUUACGAUCUAUGGUCUUCGCGAAGUUCAUGCUAUAGACGAGCUUUUCUCUAAGACAUUUCAGGAACCAUAUUCCAUCUUAAAUUACAGAAGAAGAGUAAAUGCUGUCUUGGUGAAGUGGUAUGGCGAGAUGCCUCAACUUGUUAUAAUGCUGGGCCACUUCACUUUUGACAAUCCUAAAGUUUUCUCAGGCCUAUUCAAAGAUAAUUUCAAGCUGCUAUCACCUAUGCGACAGCGGAAAGAUCUAGAGGAGUUUACAACUGCAGGCUGCGAAAUUGCGUGGUCAUCAAUUAGUUCAUAUAUGUUUGAUGUCUCCGACUAUGGCCCACCAGCAGACCCCGUAGACAAUGGAUCAGCCGCGCCGGAAAAUAAACCUCUUGAAUACGCCUUUGCAAACACUGGAACCAUACUCGGUUGCCCCCAAGAUAUACAGGGCUUUAUACAAAGCAUACCUUGGAGGGAAUCUGAAUCUAACAUCCGAAAGCGGAUUACGGCUCAAGAGGUUGCCGACUUGAGCCAACUAGCUACGGACGAAAUUAAUGAGGAGGAGAAACAAGCCCACUUAAAGGGAGAGAUAGGGCCCAAAAUAUAUAAAUCCUUUGAAUACACACGGCAAUAUCAUCCCGCCCGCUACGUAUUCACGGUACGCGCCGGCCCCCCCUAUCAUCUCAUAGUUGCUGUUGCCAACGAUGGACAAGCUGGGUUUUCUGCAGAGGUAGGGCUGCCUCGAUCCACUAGGAUAGAACGGCUAAGCAGGGCCUACUAUGAUUUAUUCGUUCGAACUAUGGAUCUAGUACGUUCUCCAGGCUCAGAGACUCGGUGGAUAUCAAUGCGGGCCCAUGAAUUAAGCUUUGAAACAUCGUCGACAAUUCAGAAUUUGUACAAUAUGGCAUCUCGCCUGGUGCCGAACUGGCAAGGCUUCGAUGUAUCCUUUACAGCUGGGCCUCGUCCGACCCCCCAAGAUAACGAGGAAAUUCAAGUCGGCAAAACGCUUCUAGGUUUAGUCGAGAUUGGCGCUUUAGGCCGAAUGCUUUCAGACUACUCAAGAGUGAUGCAGAACUUGAAAAUAGCGAGGAUAAUAAUCCGUACCGCUCCAAAUAGUGAAGGAGUACCAGAUAGUAGUUUCCAGGUAUUAAUCAUGUUGAGGCCUCUAGUGUUCCUAGGACGCCCACAAUAG